UCAGCCCGCCCCAGCUCCCUCCGGGCCAAAGCGACAGAACCGGGAGCGGCUCCCACCAGGAACGGGACCGGCGCGGCUGCGCAGCCACGGACCUUGUCGAGGGAGGCCGGGCUGCCUUGGCCAUGGGCUCCUGAGGGCCUCUCGUUCCGCCCCGUCCCUCGACUGACGGAGCGGUCGCUGGCCGGGCGAGGGGGAACGGGCGGAGCGGCGGCUCCGCCGGCGUCGGUCCGGCUGGCCCUGGCAGUGCCGCGUGGCGGUUUGAAGAACCCACAGCACACAAGUGACUCUACCCACAGACAUGAUGAUGGUAAUGACUGGAGUCAUGUCAGUGCCUGAGCUGGGCUCCACAGCCAGCACCCUGGCUGCAGCUCCCAACUUAUCUGGGAUGCCUGCAGAUGGCAGACCCACUGCUGUGGAACAGCCAAUAUUCCUAAUGACAACAGCUGCUCAAGCCAUCUCAGGUUUCUUUGUGUGGACAGCUUUACUCAUCACCUGCCAUCAGAUCUACAUGCACCUGCGCUGCUACAGCUGCCCCAACGAGCAGCGCUACAUUGUCCGGAUCCUGUUCAUUGUUCCCAUUUAUGCUGUUGACUCAUGGCUAAGUCUUCUUUUCUUCACCAAUGACCAGUACUAUGUUUACUUUGGAACUGUGCGGGAUUGCUAUGAAGCUUUUGUAAUCUACAACUUCCUUAGUCUCUGCUACGAGUACCUUGGUGGGGAAAGCUCUAUCAUGUCAGAGAUCAGGGGAAAGCCUAUUGAGUCCAGCUGCAUGUAUGGCACUUGUUGUUUAUGGGGAAAGACGUACUCCAUUGGAUUCCUGAGAUUCUGCAAACAGGCUACUCUGCAGUUUUGUGUGGUGAAGCCCCUUAUGGCUAUUAGUACAGUUAUCCUUCAGGCUUUUGGCAAGUACCAGGACGGUGACUUCGAUGUCACAAGCGGGUAUCUGUAUGUGACAAUCAUUUAUAAUAUUUCGGUCAGCCUGGCACUCUACGCCCUAUUCCUCUUCUAUUUUGCCACACGUGAACUACUCAGCCCUUAUAGUCCUGUCCUCAAAUUCUUCAUGGUCAAGUCUGUCAUUUUCCUGUCCUUCUGGCAAGGGAUGUUACUGGCCAUUCUGGAAAAAUGUGGCGCGAUCCCUAAGAUCCAAUCAGCCAGCGUAUCCGUGGGCGAGGGGACCGUGGCAGCUGGCUAUCAGGAUUUCAUCAUCUGUGUGGAAAUGUUUUUCGCAGCCAUUGCUCUGCGUCAUGCCUUCACAUACAAGGUUUAUGCGGACAAGCGUCUUGAUGCACAAGGUCGCUGUGCCCCCAUGAAGAGCAUCUCUAGCAGCCUUAAGGAGACCAUGAACCCCCAUGAUAUUGUGCAAGAUGCCAUCCACAAUUUUUCCCCUGCCUACCAGCAGUACACUCAGCAGUCAACCCUUGAACAUGGACCACCCUGGCGUAAUGGCAGUCACAUCAUCUCACGUUCCCAUAGCAACUCUGGGGCCCGUGACAACGAAAAGACCCUGUUGCUAAGCUCAGAUGAUGAGUUCUAAAAAGCUUAAUGAAGCAUGCAACAACCUCUUUAUUUAUUGAACCUGAAACACAAGUCAUAUCGCAUUUUUAAAUGGUGCUCAAGUCAGGAGUGGGCUCUUCCUGUUGCCAGUUGCAAGUUUGGACCAUUUUGGCUAAGACAGGUGGCUUGGAUUGUCUUCGCCCAGAAUUGUGUGUAAAGGUUUAACUGGAGCACGUUUCAAUUAAGAAAAAUUUAAAGAACACAAAAACCCAUCACAUACAGGAGGGAGCAAAGGUUCAGGAUGGACCAUGCUUUCUUUUAGGUGGUGUUUCCGCUUUUUAUUAUUUUUUAGGGGAUGGGUAGGCGUCAGGCAACACACAAUCACAGGAUGCAUUUUUACUCGCUUGCUUAGCUAUUUGAAAUAAAACUGACUGAAAUGAGAAGUAGCCAAUUUUUUUCCAUGUGCACUGCUAAAAUGCACUUCCAUACUCUUGCACAAGUGCAGGCUGAACACUAAGAACAGCUCAAUAUUAACCUUGGCAAUCUUGAUGAUAAUCCCUUUAGGAAUAUCCUGGAGUGCUACAGUAACACAGGUUUCCUGUCUCUGCCAAUGAUCAUACAUGGAGCUGCCUUAUAUUGAGUGAGACCGUUGGUCCAUCAAGGACGGUGUUGUCUAUGCAGACUGGCAGCAGCUCUCCAGGGUCUUAAAUAAAGAUCUAUUACCUGAUCCUCCUUAUUUUUUAGCUGAAGAUUCAAGGGAUUAAACUUGGGACUUCCUGCAUGACAAGCAGACGCUCUGCCACCGAGCCGUGGUCCCUCCCCAGUGGUCCACGUUGGAUUCCUCAGAAGGGAGUAACAUUCUGCUGCACAAAAUGGGAAGUAGAAAGGGUAGGGAGAAGAGAGGCUUCUGGAUUGAAACAAUAAGUAGGUAUCAGACUUCUUCCUUAUAGAAACAGAGGCUGUUUCUUGUGAUGAAACUGAGUUCUCUUGAAGAGCUCACUGCUUUCUCGAAAAUAGUACCUGUCAUCAGCAGAGGAAAACAUGCUGUUAAACAUUAAUGGCCACAGUUUAGAGAGUCCCAGUCACAGACUGCUGCAGAUAGUAGAUGGGGAUAACCAUUUUUGUUCAUGAUGCAAGAUGGAUGAAAUACGCAUCUUCAGCCGCAUGCUGAAUUGGAUGCGCAUUGGGUGAAUUGCCUUCAGUUGCAUUACUUUCCAGUAGAAGAGUCUGCAUAAACAGAUUUGCAUCUCUGCAUGGAUUUCUUCUGCUGGAUCAGUAAUAAAGCUAAUAUGCAGUAAUUUUUAGAAUUUGGUCAUUUAAUUUAAUUUCCUUUUAUAUCCUCUUUUGAGGUGGAGGAAUUCUACAGACAGCUUCAUAUUAAUGUUUUUAUGUUCCACCUGGCCCUCCAGAGCUCUACAUCCUUGUCAUUUAAAUUCUAGAACAUGUUGCAAGAUACCCAGAUCUCUGUUGCUGUUGUCCAUAUUUUAUCCUUUUGAUAUCACUUAGGUUUGCUCAAGUGCCACUGGGAUAGUGUAUGCUGAAUAUUCACCUGGGAUGGUGGACAUUUCCUGGUCUCUUCCCUCACUCUCAAUUGGACCAAGAGCAAGAAACAGCUCUCUCUGAUGUACACCUAUUACUGUGCUGUUGCAUUCUCUAUAGCCUGUAUAUUGAAAAUUGUUUAUGGUUUUUCUUUUAGUCUGCUGUUAGUCCUGACCUGGCCUAUACAGAACAUCUCCAUGUCAGGCUUCUAAGCUCCCUUUACAAGCUGAAAUGCCUGCCAGUUAAAAGACACUUCAGUGUGUCGAUUAUUUAAAGCUGGAAAUGGCAAUACAGUGGUGCAAUGUGUUGCAUUUCUGUGCUGUAGUUGUGGUUAAUUGUGCCUGUAUUAACACUGCCCUCAAAAAAGGGGAAUAACAUUAAACCUCUUCCUUUCCCCACACUUCUCUCAAUUCCGCUUCCGCAUUCACUACCAGUAAUACGAGUUCUGUUCUAAGCUGCUGUAAUGUCUUGCUUCCACUACUCAUUGUGAUAAUUAGGCAUCUGUUCUCUUUAGGUGUCUUUGACUCCUCCUGUGGCAAGUCCAGAAAUAAGGAUUUGUGGGAGAAUGAUUCCUGUUUAUUUUCUCUGUGCCUUAAUAUUGUCUCUGUCUCUCUCAUGCACACAUGCAUCAUGGCCAGUGGCAAUAGCAGCACCCUUCAUCCAAGUUGUGCCUAGUUGGGCAAAAGUGUUAGUGUGUGGGGCUAGGCAGGUUUGCCAAGACUUGUGACUGUAUUUCCUGGAGGGAUGGUUGUGCUGCUGCUGUGGUUUGUAUUUCACUCUGUAUGUUCCAGAAGAAACUGGAUGGGAGAUGGAAGCAUAACAGCUCUAUUCAUAUCUCCUGCUCAAAAUAGCUAGAGAGGUUGAGAACUCAGGAGAUGAAGGAAGUAGAGGUUUAAAAGUGACACGUUUCUGUAAAUAUGAAAUCAUCCCUAUUUUUUUUCCUUUUAGACCUGUGCAAUAGAUUCUUGUGGGUUGGUUUUUAAAAUCCUGUUGCUGCUUUAAAAAACAAAUAUACACAACCUCCCUGAAACCCACAUACUGUCAUUAAGCUGUUGAGGGCCAGGCUUUGACUUGUCUUACAGCUGAAGAAAGAUACUGAGGCCACCUACCAGGAAAUCCUUCCCUCUUACUUGAGUACUAGACAUGGCCACUUCAAGCUGUGUCUUUUUCCUGCAGAAGGAGAACAAGUGCCUGUGUAGCACACCCCAUGGGUGGGGCUAGGCCAGGUCCCUGCACCAGCAGGAGAUGAAUUGUUCUUUCGUGCCAGCAGAAAGACUUCUACCCAUUCCUAGUGCAUGCAGCCUCAUGAAAUGAGGAUAGGUUUCAAAGAGCCCUUCGUUGAAAUUAUCUUUUAGCUUCUUUGAGCUUUUUAAAUUUGUGAUUUUGGUGGCGGCAGCGAUGUUGCCUCAUCUACCCACGUGUUUUUAUGGGCUUGUGUAUCCCCUCUAUAUCCAUGUACUUUUCAGUUUCUUAUGCCCAUCUCCAACACACAUCUUUCUCAUUUAUUAAUGAUAAGUCUUCCCAGGGAACCCUCUUUUGUAUGUGAUAGGUGGAAAAUGUGGCUGAAAUCCAUGCUGCUGACUUGCAGUUAUUUAACCACCGGGAGGAAUUCUAUAUAUACAUAUAUAUUUUUAUAUAUUUUUUAAAAAUUAUACUAUAUAUAAAUAUAUACUGUGCAUAGGAUCCAACUAUUCUUGAUGCUUCCUGAAAGUAAUGUUAUGAAGUUGAAAUAAACAGGUCAAAGCAAGUGGGAGGGCCAGUAGUGGCUAAAGAUGUGAUGUACUCUGUGGCUGGGAGGCCUUAAAAACAUGUAGAGCCCUAAAAGCACCAGUACUGAAUCUUUUUGCUGUUUACCAGUGAAGGAAAGGGGCAGGUUCAACAAGCCUGAUCCCUCAGCCCAACAAUGAUCUUGCAUUCUUAAAGGGUGAUCAGCCGUAUCUGUACGUAUACAUCAAUCCUACCAAGACCACUUCUUGCUUAGUCCUCCUCCAGUCUCCUCCUGACUUUUUUUUUUAACUGUGUAAUAUAUAUCCCCUGGAAUUUCCUUUUUAAUAUUUUUCCAUGUUGCUUUAGUUAUUUGUAUAUAAACGACUGAAAAAAUAUCCUGUAUGAUAAGAGUUACCUAGUUUUGUACCUAUUGUGUAAUAACUGACGUGAACUGAGAGACGAGCCCUGUCUCUAUUUUGUUCUUUGUGAUGUUAUAUUGCUUUGUGGAAAGAAGCAAAAACGACAAAUAAAAAUAGAGAGAUAAUAUA